AUGAACAGAGACUAUGGAGACGACGUGUGUCCCUAUGCGACCUUCCAACUUCCCGAGAACCCCCCGACCCGCCCCUUCCUCACGAAAGGGCUGGGCGGCAGUGGGGGUUUCCACACGGGGGACACGCUCCACAACGUGGGAAACGUCUACUCCGGACCCUACCACCCCGUCCAGUCGCAAAAUUCCAUGGCCACGCUUUCUUUCCAAGAUGCCGAACACCUGAAGUCUGGCCGAUUAAGCAGCAAAGUUGGUGAGGACGCGGAGGACGCUGAAGUGACCAAAAUCCUGGCCAUGCACAUGCCCCCACUCGAGUAUGACGCCAUCGGCGCAAAUGAUGGCGAAAUUUCGCCAAAAUACCUCCACCCCCACAACCAAUACUUAUCCCACCAGAACGACUACGUUUCGCAACAGCAACGGCAACAAAUCAUUCUUCAACAACAACAAUAUCAAGAACAACAAUUUGGCACGUUUAGACGCCGAAACAGACAAGAUCACGUCCCCACCUCGGAAGAACUGGAGUCCUCCUCUUCCUCCCUGGACGAGGAAUCUUCCCCCACCACGGGUCGCACCUCAGGUCGCGCCACUUACUGCGCGGGGCGCGCUCGCCACCACAAAAGUGGUUACAAGUCCACCUCGGGAUCUUCAAACAGUGGGGGCGGCGGCGGAGGGCAAAUCAUCCCGCGCGUCCGGUCCAGCUCUGGGUACUCCUCGCACACUGAGGAGACUUCUUUCACCACGAGGGAACAACCGCCCCCAAAAUUUUCGAAAAACGUGGAGGAUCAGCCUUUUCACGGAAAUGACGACGUUCCUGAAGUGAACGGGUUUCCAAUGAAGCGAAAUCCGGGAAAACAAGAGAAACAAAGACAAAGCCGAAGUAAAAAUAAAGGAGACUUCCAUAUCGAUGUUUGACAAGAGUAGUCGGGCAGGGUGCCGGAGAAAGUUGGAUUUACAGUGUAGUAAAAGUCCAGGAUAAUUAGGAAAUUCAGCUUAAAAUCGCGGUGCGAUUGCUACAUUUCCUCCACUGCAAAGCAAGAAACGCAAGAAAUGCGAAGUGCAAGAAACGGAAAAAUGCGAGGUGCAAUAAACUGCAAGAAAUAGCGACAUCAAACCACGCGCCGUUUGAAAUUUGGCGGCAAGUCAAGUUUCUUGUGCCUUACAUUUCUUGCAGGUCAAAAUAGCUGCAAAAAACACUUUUUGCCGAUAUUUUCUUGUGCGUGGUUAUUUUCACCCACUUCCAAUUUUGGUCGGAAUUUAAUUAAUUCCGGUAAGAGCGUGGUUAAACUGACUGUGUUUAACAUUGUCUACUGUAUGAAUGGAUUUAAAAUAUUGAAAUUAUCAA